AUGUUCACCGCCGCGAGUGCUGGUCACAUACGGGUGGUGGUGAAAGAUGACACCCUUGGUCUUGGAGCGCGGGCCGGUCGCGACCCCAACGAACCCACCGGUCUUGACGCCUUUAAGGGUCUACUGGGCAGACUUAACGGCAAGUCUGAUGCUGAAUUGGCGGCCGACCAACGCAAGGCGGAUGAUAUUAAACUGGCCCGAUAUGCGGCGUUCAAGUGGCAGGCGGUCAGAUUCGUCAGCGGAGGAUUACUAGCCCAGGAAAAGCUUGAGAGGCUCCCUGAGAGAGAAUCGGUUCAGCAGAGCAGGGCUGCAGUCGAGACAUCUGACAGCAACCGGAACUCCGAAAAUGACGCUUCUAAAGUGUCAAAGAAGAAAAAGAAGAAGACUUCUUCUGAUUCUUCGUCUGACGAACAGAGUUCCCGAUCGGAAAAGCGACGAGAGAAGAAGGAGAAGAAAGACAAAAAGGAAAAGAAAGAGAAGAAGGACAAGAAGGACAAGAAGAGAAAGCGUGCAGAAGAGGACAAUGAUGCGUCCCAGAAGUCUGCGAGCGAAACACCGGCCCCCGAAAAGGAGUCCACCGGUCUGGAAUCGGACAGUACAUCUGUGUCCGUUGUGAAGGCCUCGCGGGAACGACGCCCUCUGGGUCGACAGAUUGUCAGAGGCCGACACAUCGCCCAGAAGAAGAGAGCGCUGAUGGAUGACAAGUCCUUGAAUGAGAUCUUCAUGGUGAAAGCCUAG